GACGUCAACUUGUUCCGUACCCCAGAUUCAGUUUAGCUUUUGAGACGGCAAGAACACUUUGUCGUCGUAAAAUAAUCUAACUCUACUGUCAACAGUAGGAGAGAGAGGGGAUAGUGAGAGGAGCUAUCGCCUGAAAGGCACCACGUGCUCACUUUGUUUAUGAGCAGGGAUUGCUGGGAAGCGGUACUCAUGGUAACCAACGUAAACACCAGCCAUCCUCCUUUUCUACCUCGUCUCGGUUUUAAAGCAGCGCCAAACUUGCAGAAAUGGAAACCAUGGAUGGCGACGAGGACCAGUAUUACGAGAAGAUCAAAACGAUCCAAAAAAGCAUGCACGAAAGGGAAAAACGGAGGCUGGAGCUGGAGAGGGACCUGUUUGCUUACUCAAGAUCUGAUAAAAGAAUCUCACAGAUAAAGUGUUCCAAACUGCGCAGUUAUCUCAAGGAAAUCUGUGACAGGGAAGCACGAGCGAAAAUGAGAAACCUUGAGCUUCUGAGAGAUAUGGAGAGCAUGGAAAUUAGCAUGAAGGAAUAUACUCCAGACCAUGGCCCUCUGCAACAACAAAAGACAGAGUAUUUCAAAAAGGUCUCCAAAAUUGUGGAAGCAAGGAAGAAAAAGCAACAAGAGCCUGAUGGGAAAAAGAAUGAAGCCAGACAUCACCAGAGCAGCUCCCCUUUUCACUCAGCUAAGGAUUUUACACAACCACCAACAGUCAUUUUUAUGGGCCACCAGACCUCCAGAGGGUCUGAUGCUGAAGCUGGCACCACAAGUGUACACUCACACCAAGCAUUGCAUCGUUCACCCAAUCGCAGCAUGCACUCCCGCGAACGUCUACAAAGUGGCCUUUUGAAGGACUUCAGAGUUGGAGGAGAGGAAGGCGCCGGCAACCGAGCACAUUUAUCAGAUGACAUUUCAGGCUCAAACGAUUCCCUUGACGGCUGUAAUUUCAGUGACAAACAUGAAAGAAGGAUGCCGGUGCUCCCAUCUGUUCGUGCCUUAACAGCCGCAGCUGGCAAUGUGCCUUUUAGAAGUGAUGAUGAACAAGAACCAUCACCUUUGAUGACCUUGACCAGGACUGAGAAGGAACUCUCUCCCAGCAGCAGUAGCCCCAUGAAGGCUAAGAAUUCUUCUGCAGAGCACACUGAGUCCCAAGAGGUGGCUCAUCAGCUGACCAUAAUGGAACAUGGAGAGCAAGGUCUUAGCCAUUUGAUACCUCAAACUACUUUUGGAAAAGAAGCUCAAGAUGCACCAGAGAGAAGUGACAGUGUCAGCACACCAAGCUCUGAUGUGCAGUUGUCAGAGAGUAGUGUUAGUGACCUGUCCAUCUCUCUGACACAAUCUGAGCUGGAAGAGGAUCCAGCAGAGGGUGUGGCAUCUGACAGGAGGACCACUUCUGGAGGGAAUGAUGAUGACAAUCAGCACAGUCCUGUAUCACCCAUGCACUCUGACGGGUCCAAGAACAUACCACAGUCAAAGUUUGAAGCCUCAGUGGUGACCUUGGGAAGUCUCUCGCAGGAAGGACUCUUUAAUCUGUUGGACCACAUUGAAGGACGACUCUAUGGUGAACAAACUACAGAGCUGUAUAGGGAUUCUUCAAUUGAUGCAAGACAACUCAAUAGAAUUAUCAGCCUUUGUAACAGCAGAGCGGACUUGAAUGACGAGGGCCUUGAAGCAUGUGGAGCAGUCAUCCUUCAUGAGCUUCAGAGGUUGUCAUGGAGCACGGCAAAAGGCUGCGUGCUUUCACAGAAUCUAGUGAGUGCUCACCAGUCCUGCACUGAGCCUAAUGAAAUAAGCGCCAGCCUCCCUCCUGAUGCCGCUCAGCUGUGGGAUCGCUGGUUCAAGCACGCCCUCCUGCUCAAGGAGCGCCGUGUCCUCAGCACUGAGGGCUUAGUCCAGCUGUUCACACCGCUGCUGCUGGAGCGCCAUGCCACAUACAGCCACCAGGCCAAAGUGCUGCUGAGGACACUUGUGUCCCGGUCCAGUGAGGAGUGCCCCUCAGCAGAGGACGAGAGCGACUUGUCUUCUUCGUGUGGUCCUCCUUCUCUCCUGGCUGACGGAUACGUGAAGCCCGCCAGGCCUGUACAGAAGCAACAUAUCCAAGAACUACAAAGUACUGAAGAGGACAGCCAGGACGAAAGCCCUGUGGAAAGUGUUCCUAUUAGAGAAACAAAAGCAUAUCAGUUGCUUAAACAAUCAGCCAUGCAGGAACGGCUUCAGAGUUCUGAAGAGGAGGAGGAGGAGGAGGAUAACGAUGGACUCACCGGAAUAAAUCAUGGCCAUGAAGAGGACCUGGGGAGGGCCAAAUGCUCCUCACAUCAAGACCCUUACCCUCGAAAGGAGAAGACUAACUCAAAGGCUCUUUCUGCUCUACAGUCAAAAGCUUUCUGGGGGGAAUCAGAUGACAGCAACUCAGAGAUUGAAGCAGCCCUAUGUCCUCGACCCUUCAACACAAACAAUGAUGACACUGACGACUUCUAUGACUGAGAUUUUCCUGCAGUUUUUUUUUUAAAUGCACUACAUUAUAUCACUGCACAAUUCAAGGCAGUUUGGCUGACAGUAAUUCACCUCUUGACCACUAUUUUAGUGGCCUGCAAUGUAAAUCAUAUGCACAGUGUAUCGUAAAAACAAAUAAUAAAGUUGACAGCUCUCACACUGGGUAAAGUACAUGAAGAGUUGUCCAACACUCUGAUGUUAA